AUGUCGAACUUCAUUUUCAUUUGCGGCCCGAAGGACAGGCCAAUGAUUUCAACAAUUCAGUACAGCAGUGUUGUUUCGCCUCUUCUUUGCUUCCCAAAGUCUAACCAGCCACCAUUACCUUUGUUAUUGUUACUCUGAUACCCACCUAUUCGCAAAGGGCCAAACUUUGUUAUCCACACAUGUGUACAGGGUAUCAUUUAAUUUGAUACCGACAAUGUCGUUCAGAGCUCUGUCAAUAAAUUUGAAGACCUUUUAAGCACAAAGCAUAAGGAAAGUUAGGAAAUAUCUUAUAAGGGUAAUAUUGUUUACAACAAUUUACUGCCCGUGGACUAUUCUGGUGCUAAAGUUACUAAACCAGGAAAUUCCGCAGCUGUCAAGGAUGGUUAUGCUGUGAAGUCAUCAUUCGAAAAGCUUGAAGAUGCCUUUCUUUAUAUUCACUUGGAGAAAAGCUUCUUUCUCUUACCCAAACCUCCAACUCUCAUUCUUCAUGAGGAGGUACCAAUGGUUUUUCAUUUAAGCUGAUUGAUUUAUGUUGAAUUUGAGAGGCAUGCAGCUGGUGCUUCAAAUAUGGCAUAUACUUUGAUCUUCAUUAUUAGACUCAAAACUGAACAAGAACAUCUGUUUCGGAAUCAGAGAAAUGAGUACCACAAUCUUUUGAUUCAUUAGGAAAGUUCCUUUCUUCUGGGGAAGGGUCUGAAAAUUAUGAAUCUGGGUGAUAGCAAAGCUACAAAUGGAGUGGCCGCUGUUCUUCCAGAAGAUGAUGAUGAUCGGUUGAUCCACAUCUUGAAGCGCAUUAAGAAUGAAAGCUGGAGCAUGAGAGUGAUUGAAGAGAUGAUGGAGGCCUCCCCUACUGAUGAUUCUGGGCAGGAAGAAUUCUUGAUGCUAGUUGACAGUUGGAUGGUGAGAAAAAGAAGCCCACGUAAAAAAGGGAAUCUACUAAAGGAGCCUUCAUCUUCUAAGCCAGGCAUCUUAAGAAGAGAUCCAAAGAUGCAAAUGAAGGAUUUGCUAAGAAGAAAAAAACCCAGAAAAAGAAGAAGGAUCCACAAUGCACCAAAAAAGGCAAUCGGUCUGGUUUUCAUGUUCUUCUUCACAAAUGGAAAGGGAGGGUGUUUGAGCAAAGUUAACUCGGGAGAUAGGUUGGAAACAAUUGUUCAGCGAGGAAAGAAGAAACCAUAUGAAGCAAAGGCUCGAGCAGAUCAAAAAAGCGUUAUGGAAGAAGAAGUCAGCGGCUACAAGAACCCACAGCCCACAGUGAAUGUAGACUCGGGGAAUGAAAAUCUGAUACGGAAAUAG